GCGUGUGUGUCUGUCUAUCUGUGUGAUAUCUUUAUGUGUGUCUGUAGCAACGCAUUGCUGAUGUGGCAAUGAAUAAUAAACGGAAGCCGUUCACUUGUCAGGCAGAUUCUGGGCAGGACAAUAAGUUGGGAGGUUUGCCAAAGAGCCAAGUUCGGGAGCUGUGUUAACUGCUCUUUUCGGCUGUGUGUGUGCGUGUGUUAUUAGAAGGGGAAAAAAAACCCAACACAACAAGCCCCGGGGAACAGGCUGUGUUGUUACUUGCCUCUUCUCAAGCUAUCUGGCAGGAAGGGGCAGCAUGAUCCAUAAUGGCUUGUGCUCAAAUCUACGAGUUACACACUCCUCCUGGGCCAGCCGAUCGUUUUGCAGCCAAUGAAGCAGAGCUUCUCCUGUCGCAGUUCAACCAAAGCACCACGAACCACAGGGCUCGCAAACCCAGCCAUGAGAACCCUGAGAUGCCCAACACUCAGCUCCACUUGGACAGCGACAUCACCUCGGAGACUGACACCUUGUUGGAACAGGAAAGCUCUGCUAGUAACAGCGAGGAGCCCAAGACCAAGAAACCCUGGCUCCCCAAGGAGACUGUGCUCACCAUUGGAUGCCAGAUCUUGUUCCCUUUUCUCCUGGCAGGACUAGGGACGGUGACAGCUGGGAUGGUGCUGGAUAUUGUACAGCAUUGGACAGUGUUUGAAAAUAUCACAGAUGUUUUCAUCCUUGUUCCAGCACUUCUUGGUCUCAAAGGAAACCUAGAAAUGACCUUGGCAUCCAGACUUUCCACUGCAGUAAACAUUGGGAAAAUGGAUUCUGCCACGGAACAGUGGAAACUAAUAGCUUGCAAUAUGGCCCUAAAGCAGAUGCAAGCGACAGUGGUAGGAUUCCUGGCCGCUGUAGCUGCCGUUGUGCUCGGAUGGAUCCCUGAGGGUCAUUUCCGCAUGAACCACGCUGUGCUUUUGUGUUCCAGCAGUGUUGCUACCGGUUUUAUAGCCUCUCUAACACAGGGUAUAAUCAUGGUUGGGGUUAUUGUUGGAUCAAAGAAGACUGGAAUCAAUCCUGAUAAUGUUUCCACUCCCGUCGCAGGGAGCCUGGGAGAUCUCCUUACUCUUUCCAUAUUAGCUUGGAUCAGUCAAGGUCUCUAUAAUUGCCUCGAUACCCGGCCUUAUAUGUCUCCAUUAGUAUGUGCCUUCUUUCUGGCCCUGACACCUAUAUGGAUUGUGCUAUCUCUUAAACAUCCAGCCACCAAGCAAGUGCUUUGUUCCGGUUGGGAGCCCAUAAUUACAGCCAUGGGAAUUAGCAGCCUGGGCGGCCUUAUACUGGGCAAAACUGUGUCGGAUCCAAAUUUCGUUGGUAUGGUUGUUUUUAGCCCAGUUAUCAAUGGCAUUGGCGGUAACUUGGUUGCAAUCCAAACCAGCAGAAUAUCAACCUACCUGCACUUCCACAGCAAUCCCGGUGAGGUGCCAGAGGAAUUGCAGAACUGCCGAAAUCCUUGUAGGAUCUUUUUGGGCACAGGUUUGAAUAAUAAAUCUGCGCAGGUCUUGCUAUUGUUGGUGAUUCCAGGGCACCUGAUUUUCCUGUUUGCGAUUCACCUUCUCAAGAGUGGGCACACAUCUUUAACUCCUAUCUUUAUAUCCAUUUAUCUUGCUGCUGCUUUGUUGCAGGUAUCUAUCCUGCUGUGCACUGCUGACUGGAUGGUUCAUUACAUGUGGAGAAAGGGAAAGGAUCCUGACAGUUUCUCCAUUCCUUACCUGACUGCCCUUGGUGAUCUGUUGGGCACUGCCCUCUUGGCAAUCAGCUUCAAUAUUCUGUGGCUGAUUGGAGACAGAGAUGGGGACGUUGGGGAUUAAUAGCUUGAUAUGCCCGUUCCAAUCCUUCCAUAUUGGAUUCAGAUGAAAGGCCUUGAAUGACUUUGGCAAAACAAAAUUGGGAAAUAUCUGUGCUGCUUAUUUUAGAUGCGUACUACUUUAGCAAGGUGAAAACGGACUUUUAUUUUCACACUGAGCAUAGGGUUUCCCUGGUAUGAUGACAAACUUCACAAAUACUUUGCAUAUGCGAAAGAAGCAGUAAUCAUUUAACGAACAAAAUAAUGGUUGCAGUUGUGAAUGUGAAAAUCUUGUAUUUCUGGCAGCUCAGAGUCCUUGGCAUCAAUUGUACAGAGAUGGGAUACACCGACUUCUCAUAGUAGAACUGGUUUACGGGAUAGUCGAAUACAAAUUACAUUGUGGACUGAUAAACUAGCCCUGUUUAUCACCAGUGCAAUGUGCUUCACACAGAUAUCAAAUGUCAUUUGCCAAAAUCUGUCAGAACAGUGGAAUUGUUGGGCUUUUUCAUGUACCCAAAAGAUUUUAUGUUCUGGACAAAGAAAGGUUGGUUCAACAAUUUACUGCUCAACACCUUUUCAAAUGCACUCUGGUACUUCAAUGUGUAAUGUUUUUUACUGGUGAGCAAUUAACUCAACAAACAAAUAGUUUACUAUUUUAAGGCAUUAGGCCAUUUAUUUGACAGGGAGUUGUGCAAUAUCAUUUUAUUUUUAAUAAGUGAAGAUGCACCUUAUUUUACCAAAUUGCUCUCAACUAUUUUUGUAGGGUGCAGGUUUUUUAAGCAGCAAUGAUCCAGAAUUAUUCAACGAGCAAUGUGUGUUACAUGACGUGCAGAAGGAAAACCACUGUAUACUUAAACUGUCUGUAAUGUAGCACGCACCUUAGUUCAGAAUGUUUAUUUUCUAAUAACUGCUUUUCCUUCCUGAAAUCAACCGAGGUUGGUUUUGCUUUAAUUUUGUCUGAUAGUUAUCAGAUUUCAAUAAAAAAACUUAUUUAAGCAAA